GGCUAUUCCCCGGAACUGCUGUGGAACAACACUCUGCCAGAUUACAGCCCUGGGGAAUCUUUCUUCAGUGUCUUCGGGGUGUUCUUCCCAGCGGCUACAGGAGUCAUGGCCGGUUUCAACAUGGGGGGUGACCUCCGGGAGCCCGCUGCCAGCAUCCCCCUGGGCUCCCUAGCAGCUGUUGGCAUCUCGUGGUUUCUGUACCUCGUAUUCGUCUUCCUGCUGGGCGCUGCCUGCACCCGAGAGGCCCUUCGCUAUGACUUCCUGAUAGCGGAAAAGGUGUCCCUGGUGGGUUUCCUGUUUCUUUUGGGCUUAUAUAUCUCAUCCCUGGCCUCCUGUAUGGGAGGCCUCUAUGGAGCUCCCCGGAUCCUGCAGUGCAUUGCCCAGGAGAAAGUGAUUCCUGCACUCACCUGUCUGGGGCAAGGGAAAGGGCCAAAUAAAACCCCUGUAGCUGCCAUCUUCUUGACCAGCUUAGUGACCAUGGCCUUUGUCCUUGUGGGCCAGGUGAAUGUACUAGCUCCCAUCGUCACCAUCAAUUUCAUGCUGACGUACAUUGCAGUGGACUAUUCCUACUUCUCUCUGUCCAUGGCUGUCGGCAGCCUGCCCCCGGUGCCUGAGUCAGUGCCCAGGGAGGGCACAGGAGCUCUCCCCUGCUCUAAGCACCUGCUCUUGGAGAAGGCUCCCAGCUAUGGCUCUGAGGACACGGGCAGAAGCUUCCCUGAGGGCACUCUGCUAGAGUUCACUAAAGACAUGGAUCAGCUCCUCCAGCUAACCCGGAAGCUUGAGAAUAGCCAGCCGAGCCAAGGAGACCGUGACAGGAUCCCACAAAGGAGGAAGGGGAAACGCAGGAAGGCCACCAAGCAAACCCUACAAGAUAGCUUCCUUUUGGACCUUGAGUCCCCAGCUUCCUUCCCUGCUGAGGGCUCCGAUAGAUUGCCUGCUGCCUCCUGGGAGGGCCAGGAGACCUCCUGGAGCAAGCAGAAUGCCAGGAGUGAAGGGGUUCUGCCUGCAGGAGCACGUGCUGAACAACUUGUCCCUGAGCCAAGUGACCAGCCUAUCUCAGCUGGAGAAGAUUUUUUCCUGAAGUCUCCGCUCCAAGAUAUCCAGAGACCAACUUCUUUCUAUACCCACUUGUGCAACCCCUGGGUCUCCCUGUUAGGGGCUUUUGUGUCUCUUCUUAUCAUGUUUGUGAUCCAGUGGGUCUACACCCUCAUUAACAUAGGUGUUGCUGCCGUUGUGUAUUUCUACAUUGGUCGGGCCAGUCCAGGGCUUCACCUUGGAUCAGCUUCCAGCUUCAGCUUCUUCAGGUGGAUGAAGUCCCUUGUGACCAUCUCCUGCAGGAGCUUGAGAUCGCCCCAAGAGCAGAUAAUUUUGGCGCCGUCCCUGGCAAGGGUUGACAUGGAGAUGACUCAGCUCACCCAGGAGAACGCGGACUUCGCCACUCGGGACCGCUAUCACCAGUCCUCCCUUGUGAGUCGGGAACAGCUGCUGUCUCAGUACUAAGGGACUGAGUACUCAUUAGCAGGCAGCCUGAGGACCCUCCUGCCUUGGAGCUGGCCAGGGCGCAAUGGAUCCAGAUCCCAGAGCCUUCAUGAUGCUGGUUCUCCUCCGUAAGAAUUUCAGAGAUGUUCUCCCCUGCUGGUUUGAACGAUGGAAAUCUGCAGUCUGGUCUGGAGCACCCAUCUCCUCUGGGGAACCACCUGAAAGCCUGUGGCCUCUGCAACAUGCACCCAGUUUGGAGAGCCCCACACAGACGUCAAGACGUGCAGGUGUGGAGAAUCAUACCAGGUUGCUUGCU